GUAGCAAACAGGGAAAUCAGGGACGCACACUCCGCCGGGUUUUCCUGGCAGCUCGAAGAGCAACGAUUAGUCAAAGCACUUGCAUGUUGCCUCUCUAUGGUUGCCUCCUCCUCUACAGCGUACCGGUGUUGAAAACUUACACGGCGCACGCUGAUUGGCUGAGGCUCAGCGCCGCCGCCAGUCAGCCAAUCAGAGUGGGCCACGGUGAGAUCUUUUCGAUCUACUUUUGUGGGAGCAGCAAGCAGCAGCCUCCGUGUGUUGCUAACCGAGGAGACCAGCAGAGAUCUGCCUAAACCAUGAGACCGCUAAUACUAGGAGUGUUGGGCUGCUCCCUGCUCCUGUCUGCCCAAGCCUUUUACUCAGCCAGUGAUGAUGUUGUGGAGCUCAACCCUUCCAACUUCAACAGAGAAGUGAUCCAGAGUGACAGUCUGUGGCUGGUGGAGUUUUAUGCUCCCUGGUGUGGCCACUGUCAGAGUCUGACUGCGGAUUGGAAGAAAGCAGCUACCGCCCUCAAGGGUGUAGUGAAGAUUGGUGCCGUAGAUGCAGAUCAGCACAAGUCACUGGGUAGUCAGUAUGGAGUCAGAGGAUUCCCCACCAUCAAGGUCUUUGGAGCCAAUAAGAACAAGCCAGAGGAGUACCAAGGUGGCCGCAGUAGUCAGGCCAUCGUGGAUGGAGCCAUGAACUCUCUCCGCUCUCUAGUGAAAGACCGACUGAGUGGCAAGUCUGGCAGCUCUGGCUACAAGCAGAGCGGUGGCAGCGGCGGCGGUGGUGGUGGCAGCAAGAUGGACGUGGUGGAGCUCACUGAUGACAACUUUGACAAGCUGGUGCUGGAGGGUGAUGACGUGUGGUUCGUGGAGUUCUUUGCUCCCUGGUGUGGACACUGCAAAAACCUGGAGCCUGAGUGGGCAGCUGCAGCCACAGCUAUCAAGGAGCAGACCAAGGGCAAAGUUCGCCUCGGUGCUGUUGAUGCUACCGUACACCAGGCCGUGUCGAGCCGCUACGGGAUCCGUGGAUUUCCCACCAUCAAGAUUUUCCGCAAAGGGGAGGAGCCUGAAGAUUACCAAGGAGGCCGCUCCCGUGCUGACAUCGUUGAGAGAGCUUUGGAUCUGUUCUCAGAAAAUGCUGCUCCUCCUGAAAUGGUGGAGAUCCUCAAUGAAGACGUCUUAAAGAAGACAUGUGAGGAUAGUCAGCUGUGUAUCAUUGCUGUCCUGCCACACAUCCUGGACACAGGUGCAGCAGGUAGAAAGAGUUACCUGGAGGUGAUGGUGAAGAUGGCUGAGAAGUACAAGAAGAAGAUGUGGGGCUGGAUGUGGACCGAGGCCGGAGCCCAGAUGGAGAUGGAAGCUGCUCUGGGUAUCGGUGGAUUUGGUUACCCUGCCAUGGCUGCAAUCAACACUCGUAAAAUGAAGUUUGCUCUGCUCAGAGGCUCCUUCAGCGACUCUGGCAUUCAUGAUUUCCUCAGGGAGCUUUCUGUCGGCCGUGGAUCAACUUCCACACUGGGAGGCGGGGCCAUGCCCAAGAUUCAAGCUGUUGAGCCAUGGGACGGCGAAGACGGGCAGCUUCCUGUUGAGGAGGAGUACGACCUCAGUGACAUAGACCUGGAUGACUUCGAUAAGGAUGAGUUAUGAGCCCAAACGGGGCAGGAUUUGAUACAGACUGGUUUGGUUGGAUCCGGUCUGGUCCGAUCUUGCGUGACCCGCCUCCCCUCUCCUGUGGACGAAUGGGAAGCCCGGUCGCCCAGUUACUGAAAUACUCCAGAAAAGACACGAGAGACACCUGCAGUUUCUCACAUCAUCUCUGUCUGUCACACACGGGGAGGAACAAGGAGGGAGGGGGGGCCUGCGUGUGUCCGCUGUGUGAACUCUGCUUCUUGUACCUGCUGAACGUCAGAUGCUGCAGCUGAGGAGACAAGGGGACGAGGUUCUGAAUGUGGCUUUUAUGUUUUCCAUUCAAGUCGAUUUCAAAUAUUGUUCCCCCCACUCCUGUCUUCAGCCACCCUCCAGCACCUAUUUUUAAGAUGUGGACUUGUCAAAGUAUCAUUCAAGUAUCCAAUCUGAUGUGAAUCUAGAUUUUUUUUUUUUCUCUUUUUAAAAAUCAUUAAGUGUGACUCUUGGUGGGUUUGCAUCAUAUUCGUUCAGGAUCAGGGGGAAACUGUGGGACUUCUUGUGUAGAUUUUUCUUACACGACUUUAUUUCAAUUGUGUGAAAACAAAAUGACAUUUUUGUUACAAAAAUAAAAAGGAAUAAAAACCA